ACCUAAUUCACUUGUUUGUUUUGACUAAAAACUUAAAUUUGAAAGAAAAAAAAUUUUAGAAACAGGAUAAAAUAACACACUCGUUGGCUUUUAUCUUUCAAUUCACCCGGGAGAUGGAUGGAUGAUUGUGGAUCAAAUAAACAAGGCCAAUCCAAUUUGUAUUAUCCACAGCCACUUGCCAGAGCCUUACAAGUGCUCUGCCUCUAAGCCGAUCAAGGACGAAGAAAGAAAAAGCAACAUAACCAGAGCAUAACAAUGGCGGCUGCUCUUUCUUCCCCCUUAACAUCAGCUUCCUCCGUUCUCUUCUCCUCUUCAAACUACCCCUCCCUCCCAUCUUUCUCACCUUCUCAACGCCUCAGUUUUUCCCACUCUGCUCUCUCUUCUUCUUACUCCGUCUCUCCUGCCCUCUUCACAUUCCCCUCCCCUCGCCUCUCCCCCACCGCCGCCGUUUCCUUCUCCGUCAGGGCUGCCACCGCCGCUGGAGAGAAGAAGAAGGUCCUCAUAGUCAACACCAACAGCGGCGGCCAUUCAAUUAUUGGGUUCUACUUCGCCAAAGAGCUUCUGGGUUCCGGCCAUAAUGUCACCAUCCUCACCGUCGGAGAGGAAGGCUCCGAUAAGAUGAAGAAGCCUCCCUUCAACAGAUUCAGUGAAAUUGUGAGCGCCGGAGGUCGCACCGUCUGGGGAGACCCGCCGGAAAUCGGGAAAGUCCUCGCCGGCGAAACGUUUGAUGUUGUGCUCGACAACAAUGGCAAGGACCUUGAUGCUGUCAGGCCGGUAGCAGACUGGGCGAAAGAGACGGGAGUGAAGCAGUUUCUGUUCAUCAGCAGUGCCGGAAUUUACCUGCCGACCGAGGAGCCUCCCCAUGUUGAAGGCGAUGCCGUGAAAGGCAGUGCUGGCCACGUCGGAGUGGAGAAGUACAUGGCCGAGACAUUCAGCAACUGGGCUUCCUUCCGGCCGCAGUAUAUGAUCGGCUCUGGCAACAACAAAGACUGCGAGGAAUGGUUCUUCGACCGAAUUGUACGGAACAGGCCGGUGCCAAUCCCGGGAUCAGGGAUGCAGCUGACCAACAUUUCGCACGCCAAGGAUCUGUCGUCGAUGCUCACGCUGGCUGUGGAGAAGCCGGAAGCAGCGAGUGGGAACAUAUUCAACAGUGUGAGCGAGAGAGCAGUGACUCUGGAUGGAAUGGCCAAGCUCUGCGCGAAAGCUGCUGGGCUCCCGGUGGAGAUCGUCCAUUAUGAUCCCAAAGCUAUCGGGGUCGACGCCAAGAAAGCUUUCCCCUUCAGAAACAUGGUACAAAAAAGAAGUGAUCGCGCAACAACGAAACCUCUGUUUCUCUCCUAUGAGCACGCCAGCGGAAUGUGGAUAUUUAAUGUAUGUUGUUGUUGUUGUUGUUGCAGCACUUCUAUGCUGAGCCACGAGCAGCAAAGGAAAUUUUGGGAUGGCAGGGAACCACAAACUUGCCUGAGGAUCUGAAAGAGCGGUUCGAGGAGUAUGUGAAGAUUGGCAGAGACAAGAAGACCAUGGCGUUUGAGUUGGAUGAUAAGAUCCUGGAAGCCCUCAAAGUUCCUGCAGCUGUGUAGAAGAGCCAACUCCCUACAAGCUGCGACUUUCAGCACUUUACCUAUAUAUACAUUCUCUAUCUUCUACCCUGAGUUUUGUAUGGCAUCAUUUUGCCUCCUUAUCUGAACAAGGCGUGAUUUGGCUAGGGGAAUCCUGGGGGGGAAAAAUAUGAAAAGUAACUUCCUUUUGAACUCUGAUACUUUCCCGGGGAACCACAGGACAAUCCACAUUUCCACCAAACAAAUGGGUUUCUCCUAGAUCCGUCUUUUAUUCAUAAAUCCAUCUACUGGUCAAAAUUUCAUCAAAUUGGAAAACUAUCAACUAGGAUAUUCACCACCCAACACACACAUUUUUAGCACAUUCAUGAUUCAUGUCUGUCUAUAUCUGCACAAACAAGUUUUCUGAUAAUAAAGUCAAUUAACAUAAGUCAUCCUUGAUCUCCAGCUCUUUGA